AUCGGUCAUCAGUGUCAUGCGGCGUGAGAAGGUUCUUGUAACCAGAGAAAGAAUACAUUUUCGAUGUGUUGUUGGUAUCGAAUCCAAUCGGCUUGUUGCUUUUAACGCAACACAACACCUAUAGCUUUUGUACACAUGCAAAUGUCUAUUUGCGUUUGAGCGCCGAAGCUUCAUCAAACAGAUCCUUUCCGAGAUUGUCAUUGUUUUGUUUUUGUGUCCUAUGUAGCCUUAGAACCUUAGAAUUUCCCUGUAUCCUUGGAUGUUGCAUUCCCUUGCACAGGUCUGAGCAUCUGUCAUUGGUCAGUGAAAAAUCUCAAUGGAGGUUUGGGUUCGCAGCUGCUUUUAAAAGUAGGUUGCAACUCAAUGUUUCACCCGCUGCUUAACUUGUAGAGGCGAUACCAUUGACCAUGUCAGAGGUAGAUGUGCGAGCAAUGCACUGGUACUCGCACUACCGGCACUCUGUAUUCACAAUGAUACAGAGUUGCUUUGAAGACGAUGGCGCUUCAGGAGUUGUGAUGAUAGGGAUCCAGCCUGGCUUGGAGCGGGUUAUGACCUGCUUGGAGUGGCCCUGUAUCCAACAGGAUUUGAAGUCGGCGUUUGAUGAGAAGAAGGCGCCCUUCUACGACAAGGGCAAACAACUCCUGGAUUUUCGGAAGAUCAACUUCAAACGAAUUUGCCUCGAAGACCUGAGCGACGAACUGGACGUGAGCACGAAGAAGAACAAGUUUGCCAUCAUCGCUUCCUGCUCGGACGAUAACUUUGAAGCCGUCAAGGAGCUCAUGCAAGCGCACAACAGGUCCACACCAGAGGGACAUGGGAAGGUGCGCAAGGCAUGGGCCACGGCCGAAGAUGUUUACGGCGGCCGAAGCCAUCCGCCGAAGGCGGGUGGAUACGCAGCCCAGGCUCCGCCGACCACGCAGGCGCCGCCGCGCGCCACCGUGGAGCCGGCGGAGCCGGCGGAACGAGCAGCUGGAGCCGAUGAGCAGGCGGACAAAGCUGAAGCCGCUAAAUGCAGCGACAUCUUCGAGGCUGUUAGGGGGAGCAAGUUGGGCGCCCUUCGUCAUUUGGUGCGAGAAGACCCGGCCGCGCUGCAGAAGACAGACAGCACAGGUGAUGCGCCGGCCAAGGCAGCGACUUAUGGCCAGUUUUUACUGAAGGGGCCUCGGAGGUUUUCGAUGGUGGAGGAGGGCGGGCGCCGCACGGGUGGAGAUGCAGAAGUGGAGCCUAGACGUCGCUAGGAGUCUCGAUCUUCGGUGGUCAGGAAAGAGACCGUUGGACUAUGCGAGGCGAGACAAGAGCAUGUGCACUUUCUGUGUGUUUCGGUGAGUUCUUCGGCGGUUUUUUGUCAAUACUUUUGGUUUGUUUCGUCAUACUUCACCCAGUUCAGCGUCACCAUGCAGCAAGUCAGUAAGUAGGAACUCGAUGUGGGGCAGCUCAAAAAUUUAUUCCAUGGGUAUAUAGUCUCACCGGUUGGAAUACUGUAUAUUUUUUGGGAGUGAUGUUGGUGGAACUAUAUUUGAGCUUUGAGCGUAGUGGGUUCCAUUGCGCUGUUUCCAGAACUGAUGAAGCAAAGCUUCAGCUCACGCUGCCUUUUCUGCCAGUCUAGGACUUGACUCUUCCAAUGUGACAUAACUGACAUAACUGACAUGGUGGCGAUACUCUGCAAGAGAGGGCUUCUUGGGCAAGUCAUCAAAUUGCAAAAGUGAAUCUUGAGCGGAUCCUUAUUUUUUUUUUACCAUAGAUUCUUCAUGUUUCUUCCCUUCCUUCCUGUGGAAGCUUGCGGAUUGAAUCAUUGAACAUCUUUAGCAAGCACAUGAAACAGUUUUCUGGCAACCCUCAGAGUCCACCGAACUUCACACUGUGGGCACAAUUUUUUUGGCAUUUUUCCCGCCUUGAGCCGCUCCUUCGGCCUCGAAUCGGCUCCGACUCCGCGGCUGGGGCACAGCCGCUGGGGCGCCGCCGCCCGCCACUGUCGAAUCCGAGGCUGGACAGGGCUGCACAAAGCUACCGUGGAGGGCCACGCGAGCUGCGUUGAGGUGUUGAUUGCCCGCGGCGCAUCAGUUGAGGCGAAAACCGACGAUGGCGAGACACCGUUGGUUGUUGCAAAAUUCUGGAGCAAGCAGGAAGUGGUGGAGUUGCUCGAAAGUGCCGGAGCUCAGCGGUGAGAAUGCCGUUGGCAUGUCAGAAUGAGAGCUCGGCCAAGCAUUGUUCCGGGUGUGGAGCGCAAAAGAUUGUUC